AGGCCGAACGUGCACGGACACGGCAGGCCCGGCCCACAGCCCCCAUGGAGGGUGCCAUGCAGCUGCUGACCCGUGAGGGCCAUACUGUGUCCCACAACUCCAAGCGGCACUACCACGAUGCCUUCGUGGCCAUGAGCCGCAUGCGGCAGCGUGGCCUCCUGUGUGACAUCGUUUUGCACGUGGCCGCCAAGGAGAUCCGAGCACACAAGGUGGUGCUGGCCUCCUGCAGCCCCUACUUCCACGCCAUGUUCACAAAUGAGAUGAGCGAGAGCCGCCAGACCCACGUGACGUUGCAUGACAUCGACCCUCAGGCCUUGGACCAGCUGGUGCAGUUUGCGUACACGGCUGAGAUCGUGGUGGGCGAAGGCAACGUGCAGACUCUGCUCCCAGCUGCCAGCCUGCUGCAGCUGAACGGUGUCCGUGACGCCUGCUGCAAGUUCCUGCUGAGUCAGCUUGACCCUUCCAACUGCCUGGGCAUCCGGGGCUUCGCCGACACACACUCGUGCAGUGACUUGCUCAAGGCGGCGCACAGGUACGUGCUGCAGCACUUCGUGGACGUGGCCAAGACGGAGGAGUUCAUGCUGUUGCCGCUGAAGCAGGUGCUGGAACUGGUCUCUAGUGACAGCCUGAACGUGCCUUCAGAGGAAGACGUCUACCGUGCCGUCCUGAGCUGGGUCAAGCAUGACGUGGAUGCUCGGAGGCAGCACGUCCCACGGCUGAUGAAGUGUGUGCGUCUGCCCCUGCUGAGCCGGGACUUCCUGCUGGGCCACGUGGACGCCGAGAGCCUGGUGAGGCACCAUCCUGACUGCAAGGACCUGCUCAUCGAGGCCCUCAAGUUCCACCUGCUGCCAGAGCAGAGAGGCGUCCUGGGCACGAGCCGCACACGGCCCCGACGCUGUGAGGGUGCCGGCCCUGUGCUCUUCGCUGUGGGUGGCGGGAGCCUGUUUGCGAUCCAUGGGGACUGUGAAGCCUAUGACACACGCACUGACCGCUGGCAUGUGGUGGCCUCCAUGUCCACACGCCGAGCCCGCGUGGGCGUGGCAGCAGUGGGGAACCGGUUGUAUGCAGUGGGUGGUUAUGAUGGGACUUCAGAUCUGGCCACCGUAGAAUCGUACGACCCUGUGACCAACACCUGGCAGCCUGAGGUGUCCAUGGGCACGAGGCGCAGCUGCCUGGGGGUGGCUGCCCUGCACGGACUCCUGUACGCGGCCGGGGGCUAUGACGGGGCUUCCUGCCUCAACAGUGCCGAGCGCUAUGACCCCCUGACAGGAACGUGGACGUCCAUCGCUGCCAUGAGCACCCGCAGGCGAUACGUUCGUGUUGCUAUGCUUGAUGGCAACCUGUACGCGGUGGGCGGUUAUGACAGCUCAUCACACCUGGCCACUGUGGAGAAGUAUGAGCCCCAGGUGAACACGUGGACGCCAGUGGCCUCCAUGCUGAGCCGGCGCAGCUCGGCUGGCGUGGCAGUGCUGGAGGGGGCUCUCUACGUGGCUGGCGGUAAUGAUGGCACCAGCUGCCUCAACUCUGUGGAGAGAUACAGCCCCAAGGCCGGUGCCUGGGAGAGUGUGGCGCCCAUGAACAUCAGAAGGAGCACCCACGACCUGGUGGCCAUGGACGGAUGGCUGUAUGCCGUGGGGGGCAACGAUGGCAGCUCCAGCCUCAACUCCAUCGAGAAGUACAACCCGAGGACCAACAAGUGGGUGGCUGCGUCCUGCAUGUUCACGCGGCGCAGCAGUGUGGGCGUGGCGGUGCUGGAGCUGCUCAACUUCCCGCCGCCGUCCUCGCCCACACUGUCCGUGUCGUCCACCAGCCUCUGACCCGCGGCGGGACUGCACAGAGGCUCGGCCGCAGCCGCCCACAUGCCUUAAGUCCCACCGGGGGCCCCAGCGCCUC